CAAGCCAUUGCUUUAGUUUCUGCUACAAAAGUAUAUAAAGCAUAGGCGCUAAUCCCAAAGCCUUUAAAUAUGCACAAUGCAAACAAAAAUAUGGUUUCUUCCUAAAUGAUCCUGGGUUAAUCUCGUGCCCUUUAAUUGUUGUCGAAUUACAACUCCCAGAAUCCCACCGACAGCAGACGUCUGUUAGCAAAGUGCUAUUAAAUGCUUAAAUGCAUUAAAAGCAAAGGGCUCUUUCUGUGAGGACUAAUGUCUGCCCAUAUGGUUUCAUGAUUUGUCCACAUGGAUAUUUCACUGGCUUAAUUAUAGGCUCUCAUUGUAAGGGUGUCAGGAGCAGGUAUCAGGUUUCCAGAGCACAAAAGCUGUAAAUCUCAGCAAUGCACAAAGCUUUAUAGGGCACAGAUUUCCUGCUUUGUAAUAUUGUGAUGCAUCAGGCAGGGGGUGUCCCAGGCUAACAUAUAGCGGCCAUGAGGAAAUAGGUGUGGUAAGUGUAGGAAGUGCUGUGUGAGUGUGGCUUCUUACUUGGGUCAGACAGUGACUCUUGCUGCCAGUCACCAUGGACAGCUCUUGCUGACUACACUUCGGGCUUUGUUCUGAGAAGCACUGGGUUUUUCUGGGACUCCAACGCAGAACCUGGACAUAUAACAAGACCACAAAGCCCUGCUGCCUGGUGGGCACGUGACAAGCUGCUAUUACUUCCUGUCCUUUGUUCUAUUGAUUAUGUUGCUCCAUUUCUUUUUGGAAAACAGGAAGCUGGCCGCCUAAUUGUAAAACCUUUGUCAUACACUUCUUCUGCUCUGCCUGAAGGUGAGGUCUGCAAACAUGGACUUCAAAUCGUCCUUCAUGGAUGGAAUGGUGGGGGUUGGGGACAUGAUCCUUCUAGAGUCCCUCUCUGAAGAGUCGCUUCUAGUGAACUUGAAGGAAAGAUUCAAAAGUGAUGAAAUCUAUACAUAUAUAGGAAAUGUGGUCAUUUCAGUGAAUCCUUACAAGUCGCUCCCCAUUUAUAGCCCAGAGAAAGUGGAGGAGUACAGGAACUGCAAUCUGUACCAGCUGAAGCCACACAUAUAUGCUGUUGCUGAUGAUGCCUACCAGUCUCUACGGGAUCGAGACAGAGACCAGUGCAUCUUGAUUACAGGGGAGAGCGGCGCAGGAAAAACAGAGGCCAGUAAACUGGUGAUGUCCUACGUGGCAGCUGUAUGUGGGAAAGGGACAGAAGUGAAUCAAGUAAAAGAGCAACUCCUACAGUCCAAUCCUGUCCUGGAGGCCUUUGGAAAUGCCAAGACCAUCCGCAAUGAUAACUCAUCCAGAUUUGGGAAAUACAUGGACAUUGAAUUUGACUUUAAAGGAGACCCUAUGGGAGGUGUAAUCAGUAACUAUCUGCUGGAGAAAUCCCGUGUGGUAAAAAAUGUCAAAGGAGAGAGAAAUUUUCACAUAUUCUACCAGCUCCUUGCAGGAGGGGGCACUGAGCUCCUAGGAAAACUGAAACUGGUCCCUGACUGCAGCAAGUACAACUACUUGAAUAACGAUCCCAGCAGCCUAAAUGGAAUGGGAGACAAUGAGAACUUUCAGAUCGUUAAGAACGCUAUGGAGAUUAUUGGACUUUCCGAUGCUGAGGUGACCUCAAUUUUAGAGAUUGUUGCUGUGAUACUGAAGUUGGGAAAUGUGGAGAUAAAGGGGCAAUUUCAAGCCAAUGGAAUGGCUGCCUGCUACAUUACAGACACAAAGGGCAUAAAGGAGAUUGGCGCUCUGAUUGGCUUGGAUUCCAGCAUGCUGGAAAAUGCAUUCAGUGUACGCACAGUAGAAGCCAAACAGGAAAAAGUUGUGACUACAUUGAAUCAGUCCCAGGGAAUUUAUGCCCGUGAUGCCCUCGCUAAGAAUCUGUAUGAUCGGCUUUUUAGUUGGCUUGUUCAGAGGAUCAAUGAAAGCAUAAAAGUUUCAGAGUUUCAAGGGAGAAAGGUCAUGGGUGUACUAGAUAUUUAUGGCUUUGAGAUUUUGGAGGUAAACAGCUUUGAGCAGUUCAUAAUUAAUUACUGUAAUGAGAAACUGCAGCAGAUUUUUAUUCAGAUGACACUGAAAGAAGAACAAGAAGAAUAUACCAGAGAGGGUAUUAAAUGGACACGGAUUGUCUAUACUGACAAUGAAGUCAUCUGUACCCUCAUCGAAGAUAAUACAAAUGGAAUCUUGGCAGUGCUGGAUGAAGAGUGUCUGCGCCCAGGCAAGGUGUCUGAUGCCACUUUCCUUGCCAAGCUUGGCACAAAAUUUAAAAAUCACAAACACUUCCAGAGUAAGGUCACUCAGAACGAUAAGCGUAUUGCAGAUCUGACAUUGCCUGAUAACUGCUUCCGCAUUGAGCAUUAUGCUGGUCAGGUAACAUACAACACUGAUGGAUUUUUGGACAAAAAUAAUGACCUUCUCUUCAGGGACCUUUCCCAAGCCAUGUGGAAUGCCAAACACCAACUCCUGAAAACCCUUUUCCCGGAAGGUGAUCCAAAGAACUCUUCAUUGAAACGUCCUCCCACUGUUGGUUUCCAGUUCAGAAACUCUGUAUCCACGCUCAUGAAGAACCUAUAUGCCAAAAACCCCAACUAUAUCAGAUGCCUAAAGCCCAAUAGCUCAAAGAAGCCAUCCCUAUUUGAUGAUGUCCUUGUGAAAACUCAGAUCCUUUACCUUGGACUGUUGGAAAAUGUAAAAGUGCGCCGGGCUGGAUUCGCCUACAGACAGUUGUACAAGCCUUUCCUAGAACGCUAUAAGAUGAUUAGCAAGAAGACAUGGCCACAAUGGGCAGGAGAAGCACGGGAUGGUGUGGCAGCAAUGAUGGCAGAGUUAGGCAUUCCUGAUGAAGAAGCAGCUCUUGGCCAUACCAAAAUAUUUAUCAGAACUCCAAGCACGCUGUUUGAUUUGGAGGACAGGCGCAGACGUCGGCUGGAUGAGUUGGCAACUCUUAUACAGACACUUUUCCGCGGAUGGAGAUGCCGCACUCAUUUUCUGCUGAUGCGCAAGAGCCAGAUUGUCAUCUCUGCCUUUUACAGGGGGCAUGCUCAAAAGAAAGAAUAUCAGAAAAUUAAAUUCUCAGCAUUGCUGCUCCAAGCCUAUGUUCGUGGCUGGAAGGCACGCGUGCUGCUGCGUAAGUUCAAGCUGGACAAACGUAAGGAGUCAGCAUCCUCGACAAUAUGUGCUUAUUGGAGGGGGUACAAGGUGCGAAAAGAAUUCCGAAAACGGUUUAAAUCCACAGCAUCAAAGAAGCUAGCCAACUUUAUCUACCUAAGAAUUCUGCAAAUGUAUUUUCUUGGCCUGAAAAAAAAUGUACCAUCAAUGUCCCCAACCAACAAAACGUGGGCUCCUCCAAAGUACAAGUUUCUUGCUCCUGCCAGCCAAGAAAUUAUGAGGAUAUUCCACCACUGGAAGUGUAAGAAAUUCAGAGAGAACCUAACACCCCAGAAGAAAGCUAUUCUACAGGACAAACUCUGUGCUAGUGAGCUAUUUAAUGGCAAAAAGAAAUGUUACCCUGCAAGUGUUGCCAAACCAUUCCAGGGAGAUUAUGUGGGUAUCCAGAAAAACCCCAAAUUACAAAAGGGUGCCAGUGGUGUUUCUGGAAAAUUGCUGGUCGCGGCCAAUGUGGAAAGAAUCACCAAAACUAAUGGCAAGGGAUCCCCUAUGCUGUUACUGUUGACAAAUACCCAUUUAGGACUUAUGACUACCAAAGGGCAAGUAAAAUCACUAGCCAAGUUAGACGAGAUUGCCAGUGUUUCCGUCAGCAAGUUCAACGAUGGAAUCUUUGUAAUCCAGUUGACUCCGACAGCAACUGCAGGAUUAAAAGGAGACUUCCUACUGUCCAGCCUGAAUACAAUCGAAAUUCUGUCCAAGCUGUACCAAUCUGUACUGGAAGCAACAAAAAAUAAACUAAAUGUUAAGAUCAGCGAUGAAUUUUCAGUGAAGUUCAAAAAGGAUCCAAUAGCUCUGAAGUUCAUUGAAGCAAGUGUUCAGAAUGGAAAGGGUCCCGUCUACAAGAAGAAAAGCAGCCAAACAGUGGAAGUCUUUGUAUAGUGAUCAUGAGUGUAUGAAGGGGCUUUAAAACCUGCUUGAACCUAAUUUUUUGCAAUGUGCAACCUUAAAAUGGCUAUUCUUCAUAAUCAGAGAAGGGUUUCCAAACCUUACCGUGAUCUCCAUCUGCCUUGCAAGCCACAAAGGAAUCAGAUUCUGUAGCAGGAGUAGGAUAUACCUAGUCGUGGGUCUUAUUCUCACACCUUUUCGUUUGAAAGGCUUUCCACCUUUUGUCAUCUAUUCUUCCACUUCUUUUAAUGCUGCCUUGAAUCAUCAAAGGCUCCUUCCCCUCCCUAUGCAUAUUGGCACCUUUCAAUAAUCAAAAAAAACUACCUGCUCCAAGGACUAUUUUCUCUUCUCCCUGUGAUGAGCCCAAGCUAUUGUAUAGUUGCAAUUUGCACAAAUGGCCUCGCUGUGUAAAAAUGUCAUUUGACUGCUGCACUUACAGUUCCAAGGGAUGUCCCUGUGCAAUUACAUAGUGCUGUGUAUACAAGAUUCUCCCUGAGCAUCAACUUUAUUAUAGUAGGACCUUAGAUGUAUUUUAAUAAAAGAAUGAUUUUACCUCAAAUGCACUCAUUAAUUAUGCUGAAACCUUUAGAAAUCCUCAAAUUCCAUUUUCUUUUUGUACAAAGGCCCCAAAUACAUAACUUAUAUUUUGGGGACAGUUCACAGAUUUUCAUAGAGGCAAAUUCAUAUUCCUAUUUGUCCUACUGCUAGGCCAAUCUCUUUCUGAUAUCCUCCUUCCUAAAUAAGAAAUGCCACAGAUUAUAGAUGCACAAUUUCUGCAAAUAGUAGCCGAUGGAUAAUAGCAAAUAUAAUAGCGAAUGAUUGAUGAUCCAGUUUAAGGACUAAUGUUUGAAGACAAGAGGAGGUAUAACUUUGGCAUAUCAUGUUUUAAAAUAUAUUUACAUUUAUUUAUAACCAGUUAAGAUAAAAUGAAAGCAUGAUAAUGCCAUGUUUCAGGCCGUAAUGCCUGUAUCCUUAGGAAAUAUGUAUAUGUAGCGAGAGAGGUACUGGAGGUUCCAAAGGCUGCACCCAAAGGUAGAAGUCAGGCUGCUGGGAAUGUGCACAAAUCCCUUUUGGAAAGUAAUAUUUUAUGAACUACCGUCUACAGUCUGAUCUCCAAAAAAUCACUGUAACGUGAGGACAAGUAGAUCUUCACUGUAAAGAUUGUUCUCUCUUAAGAGGUCUUCACCUGUGCCUUCUUAAGCAGUAUGUCAGCUGGUAUUAAUAAACAAUUUAUUUUAAAAGGAUA